CUUAUCUCAGGGCGCAUAAACCCUUAAUCUUCGUCACCCACAGUCUCUCUGACUCUCCCCUCUCUCUUUCUCACGCGCGCGCCCCCCCCCCCCCCCUCUCUCUCUCUCUUUCGGCGGUCGGCCCCUAAACCUUCACCAUGCCUUUCAAACGGUAUGUGGAGAUCGGAAGGGUGGCUAUGGUCAAUUACGGGAAGGAGUAUGGGAAGCUCGUCGUCAUCGUCGAUGUUGUCGACCAAAAUCGGGCUCUUGUUGAUGCACCUGAUAUGGUCAGGGGGCAGAUGAAUUUCAAGAGACUUGUCCUGACCGACAUCAAGAUUGACAUCCCCAGGCUUCCCAAGAAGAAGUCCUUGAUCGCAGCGAUGGAGGCUGCAGAUGUCAAAAACAAGUGGGAGAACAGCUCAUGGGGAAGGAAGUUGAUUGUACAGAAAAGGAGAGCUGCCCUCACUGAUUUUGACAGAUUCAAGGUCAUGUUGGCAAAGAUCAAGAGGGCUGGCUUGAUCAGGCGAGAACUCUCAAAGUUACAAAAGGAGAGUGCGGCAUGAGGAGCGAUGCAUUUCAAUUUUGAAUCUCUCGGUUUUUUCCAGUUAAAUAGGAAAUGAUUUUUGGAGACCUCUUCUUCUUUCUUUGUGGUGUUUUGGCUGCACUGUGAUUAUUCAGAUGCUUGGCAGGACAAACGGAUUAAUCUCUAUUUUCCCUAGAAAGACUGAUGAUCAUGUGAUUUUCUGCUCUUAUUCAAUCGAAACAUUCCGCUA